AUGUGUGAUGAUGGGUUUCCAUCAGAUUACCUAGAUGGUCAGAACGCUGCACGAGCAGAUGUUGGGGUGAAGCCAUUAAAGUGGAGCAGGCAGUUAGCAAGAAUGGCUGAAAAAUUCGUGAAUAAACACAUUAUACACUGUCUUCAGGGGCAAUUAGGAAAACGCUAUUCUAUUUAUCACGGCCAAAACACUGCACGUAUUCCAGGAUUCGAAAACGUUACAGCAAUACAUCAGGCUGUGGAGAUAUGGGUGGAACAGAAACGGUACUACGACUACGAAUCCAACUCUUGCAUUGGUGGUAAUCUUUGCCAUUCCUACAUUCAAGUUGUUUGGAAAGAUUCGAAGGAGAUAGGGUGUUCUAGAGUUACCUGCCGAAUUGGAGGCUCCCUUGUUGUAUGUAUCUAUCGCCCUCCAGGCAAUGUUGCAGGUCAACGUCCCUACUAA